UCAAUCGUAUAAAAUUAUGUGGGCAUGGCUAAAUGUUAUAUAUAGCUGGGAAUAUUCGAUGGAAUAAAGAAUUGAGCAAUUGGAACGAUACUCGUUUGCUUAUGCUACUGUUGUAUGAGCAAAAGUGCCUUGGGCCUCUGCCUACAGUGGCUUCAAAUGACAGUAAGUCCUGAUGUCACAGGUCACUCCCUGUCCGCUGUUCCACGGCUAUUCCGUGCUUUCCACAUUCUUCGCAUUGACAGUUCAAGUCGAGCCACAGAGUCCGCAGUUGCGAUACCGAAACGACCAGCGACGCCCUUUGUGUGGCCCAUUACUCCCUGCCUCAGCCCCCCAGAAGACAAAUUUCAUUGAAAAACAAUUUAAAAAGGAAGAAGAAGAACAGACCCUGGACUGGGGGUGGGGUUGAAACACCGACGUCUUCAGGAUUCUGGCGUCUGGUUCGUGUGCCGUGGGGAAUGGGGCCUGCUCCACCUCUGCCUGUACCGGCCCCGCGACCCCCUGCGUAUUGAGUGCCGCCUUCCUGCUGUUCUCGCGCCAGGAGCACAUUGGCCUCAUCUCGACCGAGUACAAGGUCAACAACGGGGGCUGCUCCCACCUGUGCCUGGCCCAGCCCGGCAGACGGGGCAUGACUUGUGCCUGCCCCACCCACUACCAGCUGGCCAAGGACAGGGUCUCCUGCAAGAACUACAUCAUCUUCAGCCAGAGGAACAGCUUCGGCCGACUGCUGCCGAACACGACACACGAACCCGAAUAUCCGGGCCGUGGACUAUGAUCCGAUCUCGCAUUACAUUUACUGGGCGUCAACGAUACCGGGGACUCGGAAAAACCUCGCACCAUUGCCACCUUAGGGAGAUUUAUGUACUGGCUGGAGGACAAGACCGGAGUGGAACGGAUCACUGUCAACGGCGUUAUUCCGUGGAGCUGCAUCGUCUGUCGCAGUUCACCGACAUCCGGGCCGUGUGGACACCGGAUGCGCAAGUGCUGCACAAUCACACGGAACAGUUGCCCAAAUUGUUUCCAAAACUGCAUAGCCAGAGGGGUGUGACACGCAGCACGCGCGACGUCUGCUCGUGCCCCAAGCAUCUGAUGCUACUGGAGGACCAGGAGAACUACGGCAUUUGUCCGGACUGUGGGCCAGAUCAUUUCACGUGCACGGCCCCAGUGAUGCAAUUGGGCAAUUGCCCAGAAGGUCACAGUGGAGGCAGCGGCAGCCAUAGAGCUGUCCGUCUAUCUGCCCGCAUCUGCACCGGGAUCUAGUUCGCCAUCAUCAUGAACCUCAUCGCUAGGUCCAACACGUCAGCUGCUCUCCACCAAUGAACCACCCAUGCGGCCGGCAAGCAAAUCCAUGCUCAAAAGAGACAAAAAGGACAAAUCUGCCAAGGGAAACGGCUUUGACACGGAUAGUUCUAAUUCAAUGCCCUAUAAAUAUGUAUAUAAGCAAAUAGUCGACCACCAUGAAGUCAGGUUUCAAAUGGGAAAAGAUACUAAAAAAAGCCGAACAGUAAAAAAUCUUAUUUCAAAAUUA